AUGCGCACUCUCGGUUCGUCCAACCUGGAGGUUACGGAAGCCUGUCUUGGGACGAUGACCUGGGGCGUGCAGAACUCCGAGGAGGAGGCGCAUGCUCAGCUGGACUACGCCGUCAAGGAGUGCGGCGUCAACUUCAUUGACACAGCGGAGCUGUACCCCGUCCCGCUCACGGCGCCAGAGUGGAGGGCAGGCAAGACGGAGGAGUUCAUCGGAAGCUGGCUCAGCGCGAAUCCAGAGUGGCGGGAAAAGAUCGUCCUCGCCUCCAAGGUGGCAGGCUUCAUGCCCAACUCACGCGUCGCCGCCGAGCGGACAGUGCCGCCGACGGACCCGCCGCCAGACUGCCGUCUCGACCGCAGCUCGGUGCGUGCGGCUUGCGAGGCCUCGCUCCGCCGCCUGCAGACCUCGUACGUAGACCUGUACCAGCUGCACUGGCCGGACCGGUACGUUCCGGCCUUUGGCGCGACGACGUACGACUUUGGGCGGGAGCGCGACAGUGUCGCGGCGCUGCUCGAAGAGGGCAAGAUCCGGGCGUACGGCUUGUCCAACGAGACGCCGUACGGCGAGAGUCGCCAGAGACACCUCGCUCGGAACUUUCUCCGAACCUUCCCGCAGGCGACCAUCCAGAACGCCUACUCGCUGCUCACGCGCGGCUUCGAGGAGGCCCUCGCCGAGGCGCGAGAUGCGUGCUCGCCGCGCCAUCACAACGUCGGGCUGCUGCCGUGGAGCGUGCUCUGCGGAGGGCUCCUCACCGGAAAGUACCGGCAGGGCGCGGCCGCCCCUGCCGGGAGCGGCGCGCGCUUCGUCGCCUUUGGCGAUUACAUGUCUCGCUGGCACCCCAGCCACGCGCGGCAAGAGACGCUGCAGGCGGCGGACGCGUACAGCGCGAUUGCAGAGGGGGCGGGGCUCACGCCGUCCCAGCUGGCGAUCCUCUGGUGCCGGACGCGGCCCUUCAUCGCGACGCACGGCGCCGUCAUCAUCUGCGCCGUCAUCAUCGGGGGCACGUCGCUCUCGCAGCUGGAGGAGAACCUCGCGGCGUUCGCGCUGCCGGCGGAGGCGCUCACCGAGGAGAUGGUCGGCGCGAUCAACGAGGUGCACAUGCGAUGCCGCGACCCGAGCAACAGCCUCUGAGCACAACGGCCCGGAUCGCGAUCCUCGCCCGGACGCCCGCGCGCAUUACGAGGCGGCACUCGUGACGCAUUUAGUUCUCCUAUUUUUAUCCUAUUUCCUAUAUGCUC